AUGUCCGAAGCUAACGUAUUUCUUCUUGGAAGACAUCUUACCAACUCUUCCAUUGUGUCCCAUCAUCAUUCGAAAUCACAAAUUCCACCAUCAUCGACCAAUUUACCAUCAUGGGGUCAUCAUAACCUCUCGUCAUUCACCAAAAUUAAUAUUCCAAAUAAUUGUAUCAAUUACCGCAAAGAAGAUAUCGAUGUGCAAACUUCAGCCAUGGUGUCUCAAGUCGAUCAGGUCUCUAUUGGUUCCGAUUUUAUUAUGAUCCUUUUAUCGGAUGGUUCUCUGUAUUCUAUGGGAAUUAAUCGACCUUCUAAUCACUUGGGAUUCACAGAUGCCUCAUUGAACACCUUUGAGAUUGGCAAAGUAUUAUACAUCAACUCUCUCAAAGGUCGGCCAGUGAAAAUGAUCGCGAGCGGAGCCUAUUACACAAUCGUUGUCACAAGAGAUGAUGAUCUCUAUGGAAUUGGAAGCAAUGACUAUGGACAAUUUCAUGUUGAUGGCUCAAGCACACACAAAAACAAUGCAACACCUUAUUUCAUUGAUUAUGGAAAGACGAAGGAAGACAAAAUAACUCAUGUUGCAUGUUGUUUUUCUUUUUCUAUCAUUAUCACAAAUGGAAGAGAGUUAAGAUUGGCAGGACAAGAUUGGGUCACCGAUGGAGGAAGUCAAAAUAAUUCAUUUCUUGUUCGAUCCAGACAUGUCGCUAAGAAUAUUUAUCAUACAUUUGAAUCACCUGUUCAAGAAAUUCGAGCUGGUGCAUUUCACUUUGUAGUUGUACUUAAGGAUGGGAGUGUUUAUGGUUCAGGAAGCAACUCGAGAGAGCAGCUUGGUCAAUCCUACUCAAGAAAUGGUAUUCAAAAACUUGUUCUGAGUCAACCAUUGGUGACAGGUGCUUGUUGCGGAUCUGAUUGUUGUUUAUUCCUUUCCGACAAGGGAGACAUUGUAAAAUCAGGAUCAUCAAGAUAUAGUUUCCUUGAAGAAAAUCUCUUCAGAGAUUUGGAUAAUUAUAAGGACAUAACCAAUCUACACAUGUGUGAACAAUUAUUGGGUAUGGUCGGAAAACAAGGCAUUCACUUAAGAGGAAAUAACAACACAUUCUGUAUUGGGAAUUUUGAUGAAGAAUUUUGCCAAGUGGAUAUACCCUUCGAGGCUCUUUUUAACACUUCGGUGGCACAUGAGUAUGUUGGAGUUUGUGCCAGAUACUAUCACAUAGCAUUCUUUUUAAGAUUUAGCAAGAACAUAACAAAACAUUUUAUUUUCAUAACAAAAAGGAUCAACUGUUCUGGUCUCAGUGAUAUUAUAGUCACUACUUGCUCGUCUGGGUUCUGUCAAUAA